AUGUCAUUAUUUAACCGGUUGUUCCGUGGAAAGAAGUCUGUCAAUAAAGAAAAUGAGCAGCCGGCAGAAGUGGACCGAGAAGUGGCAUAUCGGCGUUCGUUGCGAUUGUCAUCUAGUCGUGGACCAACGAAAGGAGAACGAGCUCGAUUCCACGAAGAUAUUCCUGCCACAGCUCCAUAUCACACAGUGACGGCUCCUAGACUACACAAAGGGCCAUUAAGUUGCCCAGGCGGAUAUAAGGAGAGCUAUCGAAGUGACGCCAUGGAUCGAUCAUUCGAGACGGAAGUUCGAUCUAGUCGGGAAAGAAGGGAUCGAGAGAGACCCGAUGACCAAGGCCGGAAGUAUAGGAGACAAAGGUAUACUCCAACACUGAAUUCGCGUCCCAUCAUGUGGUUCUAUGCUGUUAUGUUGAUGACGUUAUCACUUCCAUCUUUUGCUGAGAAAGCUGAAGUCAACAUUCGAGUAUCUGGUGCCUGCUCACCUGUAUAUCUGCAACGAAAAGGCAUCGACAUGAACAAGUAUCACCCUUCGAUUCGAUUCAAUCCGGACAGAAUUCAUCUUGUUCCUAAGAAUCCAGUGAUACCAGGAUGUAUAAAAAUAAAAGCUGAAGGCGUUGAGAUCACUCGGCCACUGCGAAACCUCAUUGCUGAAGUCGAACUGCGAAUUGGAGGGACCCCGAACCCAUCAAGUCCAACGCUACCCUGCUCGAGAAAGAUUGACGAAAAGAUCAACCAAUGCUUCUGCUCCAAAAUUGAGGGAACUUGCGUCUUUUGUGAUUUCUGUAAGCAACUGAAGGCACAGUCCACGAGCAUUUCGGCCACGAAGCAAUUUUCUACACAUAAAAGUAUAGAUGAUUGCAAAUGUGGCGAAAUGCUUCCUGGAAUGUACGAUAUCGAAACAGAGAUGUGUACGCCGGAUUUCGAAGAUGUCAAGGAUUACAUCCCUCCGGAAAUACAAGCCAAUGUCCUCGACAAAAAACCUAUUUCAAUGUUCAUAACUGUAUAUUUAAUGGAUCUUGAACCAAGGAAUGAAUCAUACCUCUCAGCGUUUGGACGGGCGAUUCUUCAGAGGAGAAUGGCUCAAAGUACGGUUGCUUGCUUCCUCCUUGGGAUUGAUGUCAAUGUUGCUCUACCUCAACGCACUUAG